UAAAACCUCAAAGAUUUGGCAACACAGAGGAGUAGUUUAACAACCGUCUCUGUGCUUUCCAUGAUAUGUCCUCUGUAUUAAAAAAUUAUGACAUCAACAUCCAAAGGAAUUCUCCGCCCAUUUUUAAUUGUCUGCAUUAUCCUUGGCUGCUUCAUGGCAUGCCUGUUAAUUUAUAUCAAGCCCACCAACAGCUGGAUCUUUAGUCCAAUGGAGUCUGCCAGCUCCGUACUGAAAAUGAAAAACUUCUUUUCCACCAAAACCGAUUAUUUGAACGAAACUACUAUUCUGGUCUGGGUGUGGCCAUUUGGGCAGACCUUUGACCUCACAUCCUGCCAAGCAAUGUUCAACAUCCAAGGAUGCCAUCUCACGACUGACAGGUCAUUGUAUAACAAGUCUCACGCCGUCCUGAUCCAUCACCGAGACAUUAGCUGGGAUCUCACUAAUUUACCUCAGCAGGCUAGACCACCUUUCCAGAAAUGGAUUUGGAUGAACUUGGAAUCUCCAACUCAUACUCCCCAAAAGAGUGGCAUUGAGCACUUGUUCAACCUGACUCUGACCUACCGCCGCGAUUCAGAUAUCCAAGUGCCUUACGGCUUCUUGGCGGUGAGCACAAACCCCUUUGUAUUUGAAGUGCCAAGCAAAGAAAAGUUAGUGUGCUGGGUUGUUAGUAAUUGGAAUCCCGAACAUGCUAGGGUCAAGUAUUACAACGAGCUAAGCAAAAGUAUUGAAAUCCACACCUAUGGGCAAGCAUUCGGGGAAUAUGUGAAUGAUAAAAAUCUGAUUCCGACCAUAUCUACUUGUAAAUUUUAUCUUUCUUUUGAAAACUCCAUCCACAAAGAUUACAUCACAGAAAAGCUCUACAAUGCUUUUUUGGCUGGCUCAGUACCUGUUGUUCUAGGACCAUCUAGGGAAAACUAUGAGAAUUACAUUCCAGCAGAUUCAUUCAUUCAUGUGGAAGAUUAUAACUCACCCAGUGAGUUAGCGAAAUAUCUGAAGGAAGUCGACAAGAACAAUAAGUUAUACCUUAGCUACUUUAACUGGAGGAAGGAUUUCACCGUAAACCUUCCACGAUUUUGGGAAUCACAUGCCUGUUUGGCUUGUGAUCAUGUAAAAAGGCACCAGGAAUAUAAAUCUGUUGGUAAUCUAGAGAAAUGGUUUUGGAAUUAAAGCUUUCUAUCACUUGCACAUGCAGUGACAUAUUUUGGUGAAAUAUUCAAGAGUUGAGGGUAAAAAAGAAACAUUUUGCUUUUAUGUCACCAUUUAUUUUUAUCAUCUUCUCUUGGGUAACAUGGAAAUUUGAUGAUAAUUUUUAAGUACUCAUUAUUAGCAAUCAUUCCAUUUGGUUAAAUUAUCCUGUAUAUACCUAAUUAUGUGCAGUGAAAAGUAAUUUAUUUGUCAGUAUCAUUGUAAACCUUCUUCAUGUUUGUGAAGUUGCCUGUAAUGUCAGUUUAUGAGUCUUGCUACACAAUCAGCUCUAUUUGGGAAAUGAAUGUCUCAAAACAUGAAAGAUUUUCAUAAAUAUUAUCCUCUCUAAUUCCAACGUUACCUAAUGAUUACAAAGAAAGAAUGUACUAUAGUUGGAUUCUAACCUGUUUGACUUCAGAUUUGGAAAAGGUAUGAACUGUUGGUUAUUUUUUUUUACCUGGUUACAAUGUUUCUGAUGGCAGAAUUGUCCAUGUCAUGAAUAGAAAAUAUAUGGAACAGAACUGUUCUAUUGAGGAAGCAAUUAGACUUCAUUUUCUCAUCCUGGUAAGUUAAAGUACUCAAGAAUUUUAAAUAUCAAUUGGUCUUGAUUUCCAACACUUAGAAAAUAAUUCUAGUAACACUGUGAGAAUCCAAGAAAUUCCUCAUUCCAAUCUCAACAAUAUGGCAGUGAGACCACAAUAGAUAAUUUCUUCAAAUAACAAAGAA